AUGUCUAACGCAAAGUCCCCCGAAAUCCUCGCCGCCUACGACGAUGUCCGCUCCGACAAAUCCCCCACAAAUUGGCUCUUGAUAUCCUAUGCCAAAGCCAUAGGGGAUGCUCUGACCCUCACUGCAACUGGAGAGGGCGGUAUCGCUGAACUACGUGAGAAAUUGGAUCCUACCCAAGCCCAAUAUGCGUAUUUACGGGUUGAAUAUGCCAAUGAUAGCGAAUCUUCCAGGGUGAAAUUCGCUUUUAUUACGUGGAUUGGAGAACAGACAAAAGUUAUGAGGAAGGCAAGAGUUAGCAUUGAGAGUGGUGCUGUCAAGGCUGUCUUGAGUCACCAUAGUGUGUCGAUAGAUGCGAGAAGUAUGGAGGAUGUGGACGAGGCAGAGAUCGUCAAGUUGUGUAGGAAGGCUGGAGGUGCAGAUUAUAAUGGUGGUAGAGGAUGA